CAUUUGUCUGUCUAUUCUUUCAACUCAAUGAUGAGUGAUUUGCAGUUGAUGGAAUUGGAGGAUGAGCUCAAGAGUGUAGAUACAUUUCUUGAACAUCUCAAGACAGAAGAGACAGAGAAGAACAGACAGAAAACUAAGACCACAUCACCAAAGCCUGUUCAUUGGAAUAAGAGGGACCACAAUGGGGACAUUGUUCACCAGCGCCCACGAGCCCUUAGAAAGCAGUCAACAUCACAAAGACCAGACGAAGGAAGACAUGUUUCUUCUUCACCGCCAUUAGACCAUGGCCAACACCUAGACCAUGAUUUGAAUAUGCGGCAGCUUGAGGACCUUCUACAGGACUCAGAGAACAUGGAAUCGCAAGAUUUUGUUCAGCAGCCAUCAUUGUCCAGUUGGAGUCAAAGGCAGAAAGAGGUCCAACAAUGUUGGCAACAGGCGAGGCCACAGAACCUUGACAAUUUACUUUCUGCUGAGAACAUCGUACAGAUGACAUGCAAUCACUGUCACGUGAAAGAAGCUGUCAUCCGUUGUGGGGAAUGUAUGCCCUCAGAGUGGUUUUGUGCUGAGUGUGAUGGCUCGGUACAUAAACACCACACUCUACACAACAGGCAAACCAUCAUGGAUGGAUUUUUCAAAUACAUCCCACCAACAGAGGCUGUGACACUCUGUGACACUGGAAAAUACAGCAUUUGUGAACAAGAUUGUUUUCUGCCAACAGCUCUACCUCAAAGGAUAUGCUCCUGUGACACCGCUGAUGCAGCAGUCUCUGUUGGUAGAUCCAUCAUACUGGUUUGCAUAAAUGGUCGUUAUGAUCUUCACGUUCCGGUGCUAACAUGCAAACAUUGCAACCAGAAAUGGGCUCCAGAAGUCAGUGACUUUGUAAAGAGUGGUUACUGGCCUGCUACCAUGCAGGCACAGACACUGUUCCACCAAGAUCUCUUCCAUUCCUUUGAGGCUAUGAAGACAGCAGCUCCAGGAAUGUCCAGACAAGCCUUUACAGCAAUGUUGGACCAGAGAACAAAGCAAUAUGGAAGAACUGGCAAAGUGAAUGCAGAUGCAUUUCAGAGAAGUUUUCUGCAAUUUGUGUACUGCAACUAUGAAGAGAACCAACUUCUUGGAAAGGAGCCAUUGGUCUGUCCAGCCUGUAGCCCUGAAAUGGUGUCUGUUUCUGUGGAUGGCAACAGAAAGUUGUACAGGUUCCAGAAAACAAACCAACCGCAGGAAAAGCGAUGUGUGGUGACACCCAAUGGAAUGCAGCAAGAGAGACUUCAAAGCGGGCCAACAAGUUGGAUGAAGAAGGUGUGGAAAUUGCUGUGUGUAGACAUGGAUUUCUUCUCAAAGGUCUGAAUAUGUAUAGAGGAGAAAUCUUUGCAUAUCCAAUGUUUCUCCAAAAAGAGUUCCAGAGUGCUACAUUUUUGGCCAUGGAUGUGACCUGCCGAUAUGUGCCAUACUUGACAAAAGUGUCAGAGGCCCUGACGCAUCUUCAACCCCUUCAGGAAAUGAGGCAUUGCUUGUCUGUGAUGCAUGCCAAAGCCCACAAUACAAAAUGCGAGAUUCUGUGGACUGCAAGGAACCAGGAGGGCGCCGGCACCACUCUCGGUGAAGAAGUAGAGCAAGUGAAUAGUUUUCUCUCCAGAUGUGCCCUUACCACCAAGUAUAUGGCCAAGUCAGUAAGAACUGACAUGCUGACUGUCCAUGCUAUGGGGUGGAAUGAACGGAAAGAGAAUGGCCUCCAUAUAGCCUUGUCUUCUAGAUUCAAGAAGACAGUAGAGAAGACUGUGGAUGUAGCUGAGAGCCUGAAGACAAUGCAGGAGCAGUUGCAUUGCUGUGAUGACAUGCUGAAACAAUGGGUUGUUGAUGUCAAGCAGUGGGCCAGUAGCAGAAGCGCAGCACCUGGUCCUGUUGAUGCUCAAAGUUUGCAGAUCACAAUCGAAGCACUCUUUGUGAGCAUUUGUCAGAAAAAGCACUACCUUUACAGACAAAAUGAUCGCAACAAAAGGCGACAGAAAAUAACUCAAAAGAUAGCCCAGGAAAAGAAACGGUUGCUGGAAGACAUCCAGAGAUACAACCAACAGCCUGAUGGUGACCUUGUGGACACAGAGUUAGUUGUGCAGAAACUCUCUAACAAAGCUGCAGAGAGCAUGAUCUGGCCUUGGCAGGAACAGAACACAGACGGUGUGGACAUCCUUACAAAGAAGAAGCUCUUUGACCACGUAAUGCUUGCCUCACGACUAAAAGAGGAAAAGCAGAUCCUUGUGAAGGAGAUGCUGCAGCACUGCCAGUACCUCAAGGACUCAGUGGCAAAGGUCCAGACACUGAUGGGCACUGUUUUAGUGAGCACACAGACAGGAAGCUUGCCAAAUGGAUUAACCGAGGAGGGGUCCAAGGGCCUCAUCAGUGCACUAAAAAGAAGACUGCAAGACCUGAGACUCCAACAGCAGACCAUAGCAGGCACCUACAGAUGCACUCUCAAACCAAGUAACAGGCUGGUGGAAGAGGAGGACAGGGAAAUGGAAGAAGACAUGGACUGGCAACGUGGCAACAGCUCGGAUGAUGAUGAUAGUGAUGAGGAGGAGGAUGCAGAGAAUUGAAUUCAAGUCACUUGGAUCUGAA